AUGAUCCAUCGUUCACUCAUCACAACCACCUGCAUCUGGUCCUUCUAUGAGAACUCAAUCUUGGCCGUAAGGCAUGUCAACAGCAUAUUCGGCAACCUUAAGGCUCAUAAAGGAUUGGUUUAUACUCCUGACGAAGAAGCCCAGCAUUUCGCUCGCUUUGAGGAGGAGCUGAGCAUCCAGUCCAAGUUCAUAUCGACUGAGGAUAUGGAGGUCCUCUACGAUGAGACCAGACCAGCCAUCAUGCAGAGCCUCGUUGACGAGAUCAAUGCAAAGCAGAACACAUGGACCGCGUCGGCUGAACAAGAAAAAUUCAAGACUUCCUCUCUGCGAGAUGCUAAAAUGCUAUGUGGAACUCUGACCAGAGACUCAAACGACAAAGUAGUCGAAAAAGUCUACGCCAUAGAGGAGCUAAAAGACCUUCCUACUGACUUUGACGCUCGCACCGCAUUCCCCAAGUGCUCGAAGGUUAUCGGGCACGUCAGAGACCAGUCAGCUUGUGGGGACUGUUGGGCGUUCGGCGUCACUGAAGCCUUCAACGACCGCCUAUGUAUCAAGUCGAAUGGGACCUUCACGAAGCUCCUAUCAGCCGGCGAGAUGAAUGCUUGUGCGCCAUCCCUCAAGGAUCCCGGAUGCCGUGGUGGAUUUCCCUAUUCAGCGUGGUCCUGGGUGCACGAUGAAGGGAUCGCAACUGGCGGAGAUUACGUCCCGAGAGAUAACAUGACUGAAGAUGAUGGAUGUUGGCCGUACGAUUUCCCACCAUGCGCUCAUUUUUUCAAAGAUCCCAAGUACCCCGCAUGCCCGAAGUUUGCAAGAGUAAAUCUUAGAUGUGUUAGCAAACUCAGACACAUGAUGGUCGUCUAUUUCAGUGAUCGUUAUUUCAUGGUGGAGUCGGUCCCGUAUCACUUUUCUGCGGACGAUGCCAAGAACGCUAUCAGGACGGAUGGCCCAGUUUCGGCGACUUUUUAUGUUUACGAAGAUUUCCUCGCCUACAAGUCCGGCGUGUACAAGCACACGUCUGGUUCUCUACUCGGUGCACAUGCUGUGAAGAUAAUUGGUUGGGGUGAAGAUGGUGGAGAAGCUUACUGGCUUGUCGUGAACUCCUGGAAUGAAGGCUGGGGUGAUCAUGGCCUUUUCAAGAUAGCCCUCGGAGAUUGUGGAAUAGACAAUGAGCUGCUCGGUGGCACACCCAAGGUUUGA